ACACGAUUCGCGCGUUUUGAUGACACUUACUGCCAGGUUCGCUUUGACAUUGUAACAAUGAGCAACUUCUUCCGACUGAUCCAGAGAACGCUGGGGGUUUCCCACAACCAAAUCUCUGGAAUUCUACACCGGAAUGCCAGAGCCGUGCGCCUCAUUCACACCGGUCCCCUGAACUUGAAUUACGCCAAGGGACUUUUUCUAGGAUCCAUCAACAAGAACCAAGUAUUUCCUUAUCCAGAGAUUAGCAAGGAUGAGUUAGAAGAAAUAAACCAGUUUGUGGCUCCCGUGGAGAAGUUCUUCAAUGAAGAAGUCAAUUCUAAGAAGAUUGAUGAAACUGCUAAUAUUCCCCGAGAAACUUUGGAAGGAUUGAAAAAUCUUGGUCUCUUUGGCAUUCAGAUUCCUGAAGAAUAUGGAGGCCUUGGAUUAUCGAACACAAUGUAUGCUCGCUUGGGAGAGAUAACUUCCCUAGAUGGAGCCAUUGCCGUCACCCUGGCUGCCCAUCAAGCCAUUGGACUUAAGGGACUCCUACUUGCUGGAACUGAAGAACAAAAAGCCAAAUACCUCCCCAAACUGGCAUCUGGUGAGCACAUUGCAGCAUUCUGCCUCACUGAGCCUGGAAGUGGUAGUGAUGCGGCUUCAAUCCAGACCAGAGCAACUCUGAGUGCUGACGGCAAACAUUAUUUUCUCAAUGGCUCAAAGGUCUGGAUAUCAAAUGGAGGCUUAGCAGACAUAUUUACGGUGUUUGCAAGAACAGAAUUGGUUGAUAAAGAUGGUGUCACUCAAGAUAAAAUAACAGCAUUUUUAGUUGAAAGAGCCUUUGGCGGUGUCACACAUGGGAAACCAGAAGAUAAAUUAGGAAUUCGUGGAUCAAAUACUUGCGAGCUUCAUUUUGAAAAUACAAAGGUUCCUGUGGAGAAUGUAAUUGGAGAAAUUGGAGGUGGAUUCAAGGUAGCGAUGAAUAUUCUUAACAGCGGGAGGUUCAGUAUGGGCAGUGCAUCUGCUGGCUUAAUAAAGAAACUGAUUGAAAUGACAGCAGAGUAUGCUUGUACAAGGAAGCAAUUCAAUAAGAAACUGGGGGAUUUUGAAUUAAUUCAGGAGAAAUUUGCUCUGAUGGCACAGAAAGUUUUUGUAAUGGAAAGUAUGGCAUAUCUGACAGCCGGGAUGAUGGAUAGACCUGGGCUGCCAGAUUGUUCUGUAGAAGCAGCCAUGGUUAAGGUUUUCAGUUCAGAAAGCGCGUGGCUCUGUGUGAGCGAAGCUUUGCAGAUCCUGGGAGGUUUGGGCUACAUGAAAGAUUAUCCAUAUGAACGUUACCUCAGAGACAGCCGUAUUCUGCUUAUCUUUGAGGGAACAAAUGAAAUUCUUCGUAUGUACAUUGCUCUGACAGGAAUGCAACAUGCAGGGAAAAUAUUGACUGGUAAAAUAAAAGAAAUGAAGAAGGGAAACGUUGGGAUAGCUUUGGAAAUGCUUUCUAAAAAGCUUCGAGACAGCUUUGGAAGAAGUGUGAAUUUGGGAUUAACAGGAAAAGAUGGAGUUGUUCAUCCAAGUUUAGAGGAAAGUGCAAAGAAACUGGAGGAGAACACAUAUUAUUUUGGAAAUACUGUAGAAAGCUUGUUGUACAGGUUUGGCAAGACUAUAGUGGAUGAGCAGUUGGCUUUAAAGAGAGUAGCAGAUGUUCUUAUUAAUCUGUACGCAAUGACAGCUGUUAUUUCCAGAGCCAGUCGGUCCAUCAGCAUUGGACUUCGCAACCAUGACCAUGAAGUACUUUUGGCAAAUAUGUUUUGUUCAGAGGCUUAUUUCGGGAAUAAUUACCUCAUGGCUCAGCUAUCAAAACAUUCUGCUGAAAACCAGGAUGACAGUAUUCGAAAAAUAGCUAAAUUUGUUCUGGAAAACCGUGCUUACACCUGUGCACAUCCUCUGGACAGGACAUUCUGAAAAUUGACAGAUCUUUGAAAUGAAUUGCAACAGAAGAUUGUAUAUCGUCACAAUGUAGCUUAUUGAAUGUCUGGAUAUUUUGUAAUAAAUACAUAAAUUGUGAUAAAUCUAAACUCAAAAUUACAUUAAAGACUAACACCAAGUUUGCCUUACAUCCUUAAAUGAACACUAAACCAUAGUACAUUAUUUAUGGAGUGCAGAGAAGGGGUGGGAACGGUCUUUCCCACCAACCUCCACCUCCACUACUGAGGAUGGAGAGUCGGAAGCUUUGCUCACACAGAAAGAUUCAAUCUCUGUCAGAUGCAAUGCAUGCAAGGGCUAGCGCCUGACUGACCCCAGGUAAGAAGUCAAACCAUUGUUUAAUAUGUUUACCUUUAAUAUCUAGAUCAUACCUGGCAUCAUAACCACUACAGUGCACUGUAAUGGUUAUGGUGCUGAAGUGUUCCUCUGAUAUAAAUAUAUUAUAAAUAUAUUUAUAUUAAAUAAUAGUUUUUGACAGCUUUAAAUGCAAAUGCAAUAUUAAUUCACACUUGAGUGGUCAAUAACAACUGUUAAGAUAUUUGAGUCCGUUAUUUUAUUGUAUCCUUUUUCUGAAGCAGAACAGUAACAAAGCUCAUGUAAUAAAUCGGCUUUGUUAUUGUAUGUGAAAGAGAAAUCCAGCAUAAGUGUCUGUUGAUUAGUGUUUGUGAAUCUCUAAUAUUUUUUGAUCUUCCUGUAAAAAUUAUUGUGUCUCUCUUGACAACUUAAUUCUUUACUUCUCCUCUAAUGAAUUAAGGAAUGGUGGGAAAAAAGUGUACACUAUGACAGAUGCAACAUGAAAAAAAUAAAGUGUUUAACAAUU